AUGUGUGUUUCAGACAUUGAUGAGUGUGAGUCUCACACACACACCUGCAGAGGGGCCUCUGUGUGUGAGAACACCCCCGGAUCCUUCCGCUGUCGCCCCAAACACAAGUGUGUCUCUGGGUUCACACAAGACGCUCACGGAAACUGCAUCGAUAUUAACGAGUGCAGCGCUGGGACAGACGCCGGGACAGGACCGUGUGCUCCCGGCUCCAGCUGCAUCAACACCGUGGGAUCGUUCCACUGUCAGAGGAAGAGCAUCACCUGCAGCCGUGGUUACCAUGCCAACGCCCAGGGAGACGCAUGUGACGGUGAGGAGGAUAAAUAA